ACCUUUUAUUGUCAUUGAUUCCACGUCCAAGAUGUUGGAAAUUCUCAUUCCUUCCUUCCAUUCUGCUUGAAGGUGACAUGAAUGCGUCAUCUCUGCAGAUUUGUCAGCCGCAAGUUUGUGUUGCGGCAACAUAAAUGGGAAGGCCAAUACGGCCACUGCUGACCACAUGUCUAUCUUAAAAGUUUUAAAAACAAAACAAGAACCCUUAGUUAAAACUUAGAUUGGCUUGGACAUACUGUAUAAUAACUGUAUAAUGUCCUAUUGGAGAACACGCAGAGGCAUGUGUCUACACUCUAUUCACACUAUUCCCACCUGAACCCAAGUCUAACUGAACAGUUAUUUAUAUAUUCACAAAACAAGUGCAGCAAGAAAUAUGGAAUGUUUUAGGACUGUGAUGUUCAUCAUUUACACCAUUUACUGUGACACUGCCUCGUGUACUUGUGAUUCAUAUUGUACCGUUUAUUAUUUGAUUUAUCCUCUAUUUCACCAGGAAGCUCCCAUUGAGAUACAAUAUCUCUUCUUCCAGCGAGUCCUGGUCAAGAUGAAAGCAAAUAAAAAGAAUAAAAGUUCCAAACACAGAUACAAACAAAGACAGAUGACAUUGACACACAACACAGCACUUAAAAACAAUUUAAAUCAUCAAAAGCGAUGGCAAAGUUCUGUAAAGUCUGAGAUGGGCAAGUUAUAAUCGAAAUCUAUUUAUUUUUAUUUUGUUGAACUUCUUUUUCCCGAGGUCAAGAAUGAACUUUCAAUGAACAGUUUUGUGAGAGACAAUGCAGAAAUUCUGGAACUCAAAAAAGAAAGAAAAGAAACAGUAGCCGCUCCCAUACAGAGGGGGCGGUAUUGUGACGUUAAGCUUGACGCUGUUCUACAAAACGAAGAAGAAGAAGAAGAAGAAGAAGAAGAAGAAGUGCUCCGGUAGAGAAGAACCCACUACAUCAUUCAUUCCCCCACAGCCAAAUGAGCCGCACGCUAACGUCGGAGAAGGACAACAGCUGGUAACUCUCGCACACAAGACAUGGCCGACGAUGAAAUCGACUACAACAUCGUGUUUCCAGAUGCGGGGACAUCGGAGAGACACUGGCAGGGGACGAAGGAGCCAGUCGUGAUCCUGCUGGGCUGGGCCGGCUGCAGAGACAAGCACCUCUCCAAGUACAGCUCCAUCUACAACGAACAGGGGUGUGUCACCAUCCGCUACACGGUUCCCUUGAAGACGGUCUUCAUCUCCGAGUCGUUUGGCUACAAGGAGAUGGCCCGCACCGCCCUGAAGCUGCUGGAGAUCCUCUCCGACUACGAGGUGGAGAACAGUCCCAUUUUCUUUCACAUAUUCAGCAACGGCGGCUUCAUGCUGUACCGGUACAUCGUAGAGCUGUUGCAAAGCGACGAGCAGUUCGGCUCGCUGCGUGUGGUUGGGGCCGUGGUGGACAGCGCCCCGGGCGGCGUGAAUGUCCGAGGGGCCCUGCGCGCCCUGGCGGCCAACCUGGGGCCCAAAGUAAGCCCCGCCGUGCGGUACGUCCUCUUGGCGCUCUUCGCGGUGGCCGUUUUCCUGCUGCGGGUCAUGCUGUACCGCGUGACCAAGUACGUUCACAAGAACCACUACGACGCCGUGCAGGAGAGGCCGCCCACCUGGCCUCACUUCUACCUGUACUCCAAAGCCGACCGCAUGGUCCGGCACACGGACAUCGAGGUCUUCGUGGAAGCCCUGAAGCAGAAGGGCGUCGCCGGGGACACGUUAGAUUUCGUCUCCAGCCCCCACGUCUGUCACUUCCAGCAUUUUCCCGAGCAGUACGCCCUCAAGUGUCGGGAUUUCUUGGUGGCCUGCAUGAAGGACCUGGAAGGGGCCGAGACGAAGAAGAGACACCGGGUUCAAAAUGAAUGACAAGCGGGAGGAAGCCCUCGUGGGAUUUUGCAAACCAUCCGGUCGACGUUCCAAGCCGUUACAACUUAGUUUUUUCCUCCGAGGUCUGAAAUUUCUGCGCGAAAAUUAGUCGGAAACUUUUGUCAAGGCAGCAGGAGUUUUUUUUUUUUCCACUGAACCUCGUACGGGAUCCUGCCGACGUUGCUCCGUCCCCAGCGCACACAAUGGGGAGGUUCCACAGAUGCGGUGUAGGUCUGUCGUGUUUGAUCAACAUCUGGAAAAACCAGCCUUAUGAAACGCUGUAACUCGCAUACCCCCAGGCACGAAUACGCAACCCUGCCUACUCCAACAGUCAUGCACCACAUGUAAAUAUGACAAUACAAACAUUUGCUGUACACUGGAAGAUAGGGACUCAAACUCUUUAGGAUGAUUUCAAUGGUAUUUAAUGUUGCUGUUAAAUGUGACGCAUUGUAGAUUAGUAGUAGUGACUCUAAAUUAGACUGGUUAUUGGAAAAAUAUUAAUCUGUAUCUUAUAUUUAUAAAAUUCAAAUGGUAUUUGUGGUUUUAACCAUUAAAAAGAGAAGGGUGCUUAGAACGAAGGCAUCUUUCAAAUGAAUGAUCACAUGGGUUAAUCAUUAAUGUUUUCUUCAUACAAUAAAGGUGUGUAAAUUUUAGCCUUAAGCAGAAAAUGCAAUCUGAUGUCUUUUGGGUCCAGAAAUUGUAGAAUAGCCCUGAUGUGUGAUAGGAAAUUGAUUUAAUUAAAGGGAAAAGGUGAUUGACCAUGAAUGUAUUUGUCCAACACAAACUAUUUGUUCUUUUUAACUGACGUGCCUUCAAUAAAUCAGAAUGCUCCUAAAAAAGUA